UCGUAUUCUAUACAUCGCAUUAAAAUAUCCUUUUCUCACGUAUAUGUGUUUUAAUGCUUCCGGGCGAAUCGGGUGCGAUUGUCGGUGUUUUCGUUGGAAGGUGUUGAAAUGCAGUUAGCUGCGCUGGUUUGUGCUGCUCCCAUCCCCCGCCUGUACAGCACACACACAGAGAGUGAGGGAGAGAGAGAGAGAGAGAGAGACAGCACCCGUGUGAGGGGAAACAAGAGUCAGCUUCGCGGAGAGGAGGAAAAAGAGCUGGGGCGCAGACUAAAGUAAAACAUGGAUGAAGCAGGAAAACGUUUGUGUAAAAAGGCACGAGAAGUGGAGACUUUGGUCAUCCUGCACGAAGUCUGACCGUUUUUGUUUUUCCUGUCUUAGAUGCCGUGUUUGGAAGCUGUUGCGCGGUUUUUAAUCCGUCUGUGGAUGUUGCCAGCUUGCGAUGGCUGUUGCUGGGCGAUGUAGCUUCGUAAAAGAGAACGUGCCUCUUUGUUUUUGUUUCUUCAUUGUUUUAUUGAGUGGCCUUACAAAUGCACAGAUUCGCUACACUAUUCAGGAGGAGAUGGAAAGCGGUACCCCCGUCGGGGAUCUCGUUCGAGAUCUUGGACUGGAGCUGAAAAAGCUCAAUGCGCGUCGGAUCAGAAUCAGCUCCGACAGUGCGAGGCGAUACUUCAACAUCAACCAAAAAACGGGUAAGCUCGUUGUAAGUGAGAGGAUUGACCGCGAAACGCUGUGUGAAUUCAGCGGAACAUGCACUCUAAGCCUCGACGUGGUGUUAGAGAACCCAUUUGAGCAGCACAACGUGGAUGUUGAGAUUCUGGACGCAAAUGACAACUCGCCGCUAUUCCCACGAGAUGAGUAUCAGUUGGAGAUCUCCGAGGGCGCACAGCCAGGCGCGCGGUUUUCCAUUGAGGGCGCGCAGGAUUCUGACGACGCCUCAAAUUCCGUGCGCCAUUAUCGCCUCACCUCAAACGAACACCUGGCCCUAGACUCAACCAAACCAUCUACAGACGGAAAGCACGUAGAGUUGGUGCUGAAAAAACCUUUUGACCGUGAGCUCUUGCAGGCGCACCAGUUUCUUAUUACAGCGACUGAUGGUGGAUCUCCUCUGCGCUCGGGCACAGCCAGAAUCAACGUGCGAGUUUUGGAUACAAAUGACAACGUGCCAGUGUUCGACAGUUCUGUAUACAAAGUGAAACUGAAGGAAAACUCACCUGUUGGCGCGCUUGUGAUUAAAUUAAAUGCAACAGACAGGGAUGAGGGCUCCAACGGAGAAGUAUAUUAUUCAUUUAGUUCCUACACGCCAGAGAGAGUAAGACAGAUGUUUUCUAUAGACACGGAAAGUGGUGAAAUUAGAGUUAAAAGCAAAGUGGACUACGAGGAAACCUACAGCUAUGAGAUGUAUAUACAAGCUGCAGACAGAGGCAGUGGGGCGGUUGCUGUGCACUGUAAAGUGGUGGUGGAACUUCUGGAUGUGAAUGAUAACCCUCCUGAAAUUGUGUUGUCGUCACUCUCCAGCCCAGUUCGAGAGGAUGCUCGGGCAGACACUGUGGUGGCUUUAAUUAGCAUAAAUGACAAAGACUCUGGUCAAAACAAACAGGUCAGUUUAGACAUCAUUCCCCCACACCUUCCCUUUAAAAUCAAAUCCUUUCGGAACCAUUAUACUAUAGUAACUUCUUCCUUUCUGGAUAGAGAGAUCAUUUCUUCCUACAACGUCACCAUUACAGCCACCGAUGGUGGUACGCCACCUCUCUCUUCAUCCAUGACCGUGCGUGUGGAAGUGGCGGACGUAAAUGACAACCCGCCACGUUUCGAACAGACUUCGUACACAGUUUAUGUUGUGGAGAACAACGCACCCAGCACAGCCCUUUGCGUCAUCAAGGCAACAGAUCCUGACGCUGGUGAGAACGCUCGCAUCACGUACACUGUCCUAAAUGACAACAAUCAUGGUAUUUCUGUGGCAUCGUAUGUUUCUGUCAAACCAGCAACAGGUGAGGUGUAUGCGCUAAGAUCCUUUGACUUUGAAAAGCUGCGCGAGUUUCAUUUCCAGGUCAAAGCUCAAGACAACGGUGUACCUCCAUUGAGCCGCGUGGCGACUGUCUACAUUUACAUCAUGGACUCCAACGACCACAGCCCACAGUUUGUUCACCCGGCAGCGAACGGCUCGAACUCCAUUCAGACAGUUAUGCGUAAUGCAGAGGCAGGCGUGCUUGUGACACGUGUGCUGUCCUGGGACUUGGAUGCUGGAGAAAAUGCCUGGCUUCUGUACAGCCUCCAUCACUCUCCUGAUCUGGAUCUGUUUAAGGUGCACGAGCACACGGGUGAAAUCCGCACCACCCGACGGGUGACAGAGGAUAAUUCCACUGUGUUUGGCCUCACGGUGCAUGUAAGAGACCACGGCUCGCCUCCUCGCUCUGCCUCAACUACGGUCAAUGUCGCCAUCAUGGAACUUCCACCCAAAGUGGGCCCGGACCCGAAACGCAUUAUCAGGCCUCACGGCUCAAUGAUGUUCUCCAAUGUUACUUUGUACCUUAUUAUUGCCCUUUGUGCCACUACCUUUGUCUUUUUGCUCACUGUCUUUGUGUUGGCUAUCGUACGCUGUCAUGCCUACUGCAGCCAGCCAGAUGCUUGUUCCUGCUGUGGGUCGAAGAAGAAGACAACAAUGAAGAAGGCACCCAAAGAUGGUGGCAGUGAAGGAGCAGGGGGUGGCGCUGCAGGUGGAGCCACAGGUGGUGGUGCCAUCACAGUUCAGCAACAGGCAGUGCGUAGGGACCUGAAAGUGGAACCUGCCUACAUUGAAGUCAGAGGGAAUGGCUCUCUGACUAAAACGUACUGCUACAAGACCUGUAUGACAGCCACAUCAGGAAGCGAUACCUUUAUGUUCUACAAUACGGGCCGUCCGCUGAGUGGUACCUGGGGCUCAGGGGCCGACCGUUUCUUCACAGGACAGAGUGGCCAGUUUGUACGUAGACUGAGCAUGCCAGACGCAACAGCCAUACAGCCUAGAGUUCCCAAUACAGACUGGAGAUAUUCGGCAUCGCUCAGAGCAGGAAUGCAAAGCUCAGUCCACAUGGAGGAGUCAUCCGUGAUGCAGGGAGCACAAGGUGUUUUGGUUCAGAACUGGCCCACAGUAUCCAGUGCUGCCGAUAAUGAGGGUGGAGAGGUCUCCCCUCCCAUAGGCACUGGAGUGGACAGCAACAGUUGGCAUUUCCGGUACGGUCCUGGUCCAGGGGGCCCUCCUCCGCACCUGAAACCGGGCGAGGUCCCUCCUGAAGCCUUCAUCAUUCCUGGUUCUCCGGCUAUUAUCUCCAUCCGACAAGGACAAGAUGGUGACGACAAGAGCGACUUUAUUUCCUUCGGAAAAAAGGAUGAAAAGAAGAAGAAGAAAAAGAAGAAGGAAAAGAAGGACAAACGGGAGAAAGGGAAGGAUGACGACGAUUAGAGAGAGUGGAAGAAAAUUCAACAGAGUUCUCAGCAUCAGUCUGGAUGAGAACACAAACGUCUACUUAAUAAUCAGAAAAUUGUGCUUACAUUUUUUUUGCAUGUCUCUAUCCAAAAGCUUUUUAUUAUCCUGUCACA